UCAGAUGACCCCACUGAUGUAUGCGGCCAGAGAAGGACAUACUCAGACUGUUAUAAUACUGUUGGCUCAUGGAGCAGAAAUAAAUAUCCAGGAUGACAAAGGCUACACAGCACUAAUAUGGGCAUCAAGUCAAGGCCACAAAACUACAGCACUAAAGUUAAUUGACUUCGGAGCUGAUAACACACUGAAGACCAAAUGUGGAGAAACGGCAGCUGAAAUUGCUGGGAAAAAACAUCAUUCACAGUUGGCAAUGUUACUCAAAGUGACUUCAAAUUUGUCAGUAACAGAAAAACUCCAGAACGUACCUAAAGAUGAAGCAAUCUUAAAAUAUUCCGUAAAUAGUUCUAAUACAGGAAAAAAUAACAAUGUAAGUUUGAUUUCAACUUUUGGUGAAGUGGAACUAUUUCUGUACGGACUUGAACUUGAACAUCUUCAGGAGUUAUUUAAGAAGAAUGAUAUAUCUUUCGGAGAACUUCUGACAAUGGGGAAAGAAGAGCUUGAAAAGAUUGGAAUCACUGAUCCUAAUGACCAGCAGAAAAUUUCAGAUGCAGUUUGUGAAAUGCAACCUGAAGAUCUGCAAGUUGCCCAGUUGCCAACUCUGAACAAUAUUGAUUCCAGUGAAGAACUUGCAAUUUUUUUAAUAAAACUGAAGAAGCACUGUGGUCACCUGAUGGCAACGAUUCAGAAUGUAGUGAACCAACUAGGAAGCAACUCAGAACUGAGAGUAUUGGAUUUGGACCCUGACAGAAAAUCUGCUUUGAUCUGUGAUGACUUGGUUAAGUCUAUUCAAGAUCUGAAUAAAGAAGUGGAGAGUUUGAGGAAUCUUCUGCUGAAGGUGCAGAAUAAACAAGAGAGGGCUCCCAAUCGCAUGCCACCAUCGCAAAAUUGCUUUCAUCACAAUCGAUUCUUAAAGAAGAUGGCAAUUGGCCUGUUUGGAACUGGAUUUGUCUUUCUCCUCAUGAAAGUACAUAAUAUGAGAAAUUAGCUAGAAAUUAGAUUUUUUUUAUGUAUUUGGUUUUUGUUAGC